AUGAUUUCAGUUUCUUUCCACUUCCCCCCUUUUACCUCUUUCUCUUUCUACCUCUCUCUUACUUUCCACCUCUCUCUUUCCACCUCUCUCUUACUUUCCACCUCUCUUUUUCCACUUCUCUCUUACUUUCCACCUCUCCCUUACUUUCCACCUCUCUUUUUCCACCUCUCUUUUAAUUUUCCACCUCUCUUUUUUCACCUCUCUCUUACUUUCCACCUCUCUCUUUCCACCUCUCCCUUACUCUCCACCUCUCUCUUAUUUUCCACCUCUCUCUUUCCACCUCUCUCUUAUUUUAGACCACUCUCUUACUUUCCAUCUCCCCUUUUCCACUUCUCUCUUACUUUCCACCUCUCCUUAAAAUCCACCUCUCUUUUCCACCUCUCUUUUAAUUUUCCACCUCUCUUUUUCACCUCUCUCUUACUUUCCACUUCUCUUUUUCUCUCACCUCUCUCUUCUGUCUUUCCACCUCUAUUUCCACCUAAGUCUCUUACUUUCCACCUCUCUUUUUUACCUCUCCUUAUGUUUCCACCUCUCUCUUAUUUUUUAAUUCUCUCUUUCCACCUCUCUCUUUCCACCUCUCUCUUACUUUCCACCUCUCUCUUAUUUUCCACCUCUCUUUUUCCACUCUCUUCAAAAGACACCUCUCUUUCCACCUCUCUCUUACUCUCCACCACUCUCUUAUUUUCCACCUCUCUCUUUCCACCUCUCUCUUACUUUCCACCUCUCUCUUACUUUCCACCUCUCUUUUUCCACUUCUCUCUUUCCACCUCUCCCUUACUUUCCACCUCUCUUUUUCCACCUCUCUUUUUCCACCUCUCUUUUAAUUUUCCACCUCUCUUUUUUCACCUCUCUCUUACUUUCCACCUCUCUUUUUUCACCUCUCUCUUACUUUCCACCUCUCUUUUUUCAUCUCUCUCUUACUUUCCAGUUCUCUUUUUUCACCUCUCUCUUACUUUCCACCUCUCUUUCCACCUCUCUCUUACUUUCCACCUCUCUUUUUUCACCUCUCUCUUACUUUCCACCUCUCUCUUACUUUCCACCUCUCUCUUACUUUCCACCUCUCUCUUACUUUCCACCUCUCUCUUUCCACCUCUCUCUUACUCUCCACCUCUCUCUUAUUUUCCACCUCUCUCUUUCCACCUCUCUUACUUUCCACCUCUCUCUUUCCACCUCUCCCUUACUCUCCACCUCUCUCUUAUUUUCCACCUCUCUCUUUCCACCUCUCUCUUACUUUCCACCUCUCUCUUACUUUCCACCUCUCUUUUUUCACCUCUCUCUUACUUUCCACAUCUCUCUUUCCACCUCCCUCUUUCCACCUCUCUCUUACUUUCCACCUCUCUCUUUCCACCUCUCUCUUUCCACCUCUCUCUUACUCUCCACCUCUCUCUUAUUUUCCACCUCUCUUUUUUCACCUCUCUCUUACUUUCCACCUCUCUCUUACUUUCCACCUCUCUCUUUCCACCUCUCUCUUACUUUCCACAUCUCUCUUUCCCCCUCCCUCUUUCCACCUAUCUCUUUGCACCCCUCUUUUUCCACCUCUAUACUUUAAACAGAGACUCAUCCAUAAAAGUAAUUUCUCUCUCUCUCUAUCUAUCUAUCUAUCUAUCUAUCUCUCUCUCUCUAUAUAUAUAUAUAUCUCGAACAUUCUUUGAGGUAGCAACUGAGGUUGGUCACUAUCUAUCUAUCUAUCUAUCUAUCUAUCUAUCUAUCUAUCUAUCUAUCUGUCACAUUUUAGGUAUAUUAAGGGUCAUCCCAAAAGGAUGUUUCUCCCCAAUAUUUGCCGACCAUUCGUCGGGUUUCACUUUCAUCCCUUGCCAACAGCACCUGCAGACCACCAUUAUCAGCCAUCGAUCGCGUAAACGGGGGCUCGUUUACAAUAACGCGAGGGCACUCUCUCUCCUUGAUCUGAAUGCUAGGCGGGGGUUUCCCUCUUUCCUUUGUCUGUUUUCUUCUCCGCAUCUAUUUCCGUAUUACUCUUUCUUUCUUUCUUUCUUUCUUUCCAUCUUUCUUUCUUUCUACUUCUUCUUCUUUAAUGUUUUCUUUUGUUCUUAUUUAAAAUUUCCCUUUCCCCAAGACUCACUCUUUCUUUCUUUCUUUCUUUCUUUCUUUCUUUCUUUCUUUCUUUCUUUCUUUUUUUUUUUCUUCUUUCUUUCUUUCUUUCUUUUUUUCUUUCUUUCUUUCUUUCUUUCUUUCUUUCUUUCUUUCUUUCUUUCUUUCUUUCUUUCUUUCUUUCUACUUCUUCUUUAA